GUCGCAGCGUUUCCGCCCGGCUCGCGCCCUCGCCGCUUCCCUUCCUGUCUGCCGGAGCCCGCGCCGCGCCCAGCAUCCGAGGGGAAGCAGCCGUCUGCCGCCGCACCGAGCUCCGCCGCCUGCCGCGUACUGCCGACACCAUGGCAUCUGGAGUACAAGUGGCCGAUGAGGUGUGCCGUAUCUUCUACGACAUGAAAGUGCGGAAGUGCUCCACGCCUGAGGAAAUCAAGAAGAGGAAGAAGGCUGUCAUCUUCUGCCUCAGUCCAGACAAAAAGUGCAUUAUUGUGGAAGAAGGCAAAGAGAUUCUGGUGGGAGACGUCGGGGUGACAGUUACCGACCCUUUCAAGCACUUUGUGCAGAUGCUUCCGGAGAAGGAUUGCCGCUAUGCCUUGUAUGAUGCAAGCUUCGAGACCAAGGAGUCCAAAAAAGAAGAGCUGAUGUUUUUCUUGUGGGCACCAGAACAAGCACCUCUCAAAAGUAAGAUGAUCUACGCAAGCUCCAAGGAUGCAAUCAAAAAGAAGUUUCAAGGCAUAAAGCAUGAAUGCCAAGCAAAUGGGCCAGAGGACCUCAACCGAGCUUGCAUUGCCGAGAAGCUAGGAGGCUCCCUAGUCGUAGCUUUUGAAGGAAGUCCCGUGUAGAUGUCAUACAGUGCCACAACUCUACAAGCAUUCCAUGUUUUAAUAUAUCAGUCAUGUACAACAACCAUUCUAGGCAAGGGUUUCACUAACUGUAGGGAAGCUGUCUUGUAGAAUAAAAAACAAAACAAAAGUAGAUUUUUGGAGAUGUAGCUCGUUCUGUACAAAUGACCCUAAAUAAACCGAAUCGAAGGAGUUUUCUUGGUGUAUGAAUAUUUGCAUUGGUUCUCCAGCCCAAUCUUGUCCCCCUCCCCUCCUUGGCUUAACAUCAGAGCUCUUCCAUUCGAUCCAAUGCAGCAGUGUUAUCGUGGGCUGAAAGGCUGGGGGGGGGGGAAGGUACCAACAACCUCCUUCCUGGCUUUUUUUGUUCUCCUUAGUCUAAAGUGUAAGACAAAUCAGUCUCUUGGAGGCUCCUGGCCUCAAACUGCCAAACUCCUGAAAACUUUUCCUCUUGUAACUCUUUGAAAUCCAAAAGACUUCCUCUUGUAACUGUUUGAAGUCCAAAAGACUUCCCAAACCUUGUAGUUAAAAGCUAGGCUUAAAGCAACCUGUUGUUGGCACCAAAACUUUUAGGUUAAGAUUCUUAGUGCUUGCAGUUGGCAGCAGUUGGCAGUACUAACAAAGGCUAAUUCUGAGGUUAGAGGUAAAAUAGACAACACUUCCUUCUGGAGGGACAGUCCUAAAUCCACUCUUCUGUUGGAAACUUCACACAGUGCAGUAAUAAUAAUUAAAGGUUCACUUGUUCUGUAGGCUCCAUUUUUAUCCUUCUGAGUCUUUUUUUUUUCCCCCCUCCUUAUGAAGUGUCUUGAGGUCUCUUCCCAGCCUGAGUGAUUCUAUACAAAACUGCUUUUCUGUUGACCUUUAAGUUGCACUUAGAAGUUCCUUAGUUCCUUUCCUACCUACACUUAACUAGCAGCUGGGAUGCUUCUGAAGCUUUUACAAAGGCAGAUGCUUGUGUCAGAACUCUCCUGGUUAGGGGCUAGCACAGCAAGAAGUCAACCACCCCUCCCAAAGUGGUGUUCUCAGCCCCCCCACUCCCCCAGUCUAUGGUCACUUGGUCCAUUUGUCCAUCCUUGCUAUUGGUUUGAUUUGAGUCCAACCAAGCAGCCUGACUAAUCUGCCUUGAGCUGGGCUUUUUUUGGUUUAACUUCUCUUUUGCUUUUGGUCUGUUGGCUUCUUUAAUCCUGUAGAAAUGCAUGGAAAAAUAAUUCACCUACUAGAGAAUUUGACCUGAAAUGCCUUUUGUAUGGGAUGGGGAGUGUGUGUGUUUG